UUUUUCGGCGAUCAUUCAGGGGGUCUGUGACGACUCAAUAGCCCCCAUACCACGUGAGAAGGGGGAUACAGCUCUUUAAAAACCAGACCACGUGUGGCCGGACUGAAAAGUUUUUAUAACUAAUUGCAGUGGGAAGUUCUGGUGGUGCUGGCUGAGGGGUGUGUGAUAGAGUUUCUAAGGAAGUGGGCAGGCUAACUGUGUGAAAGAGUGACAGAGUGAAGGGAAAAGUGUAAUAAAAAGGGGGAUUGGCUCAUAUUUACGUUUUUUUCUCUCUUCCUUUGCCACUCUCUUUAGUGGCCAAGGGACUUGUCAGUUAAACAAUUCCACUAAAAGAUUUGUUUAAAAUAAAAUAUAUAGAUAUCCGUUAUGGCACUUUGUUCCUUGACAAUUUAUGUGGAGCGCCAAGUCUUGUCACAUCUUUCGGUUGGCCGCUGUGAAGAUUGAGUAAGCCUCCUAGAGUUCAGUAGCAAACACAAAGAAACGGGCCGCUGAGAUCAUUGCACAUACUUUUAAAGAAACAUUUCUAUGAAGAUAAAAAAAUGGGGUCGCUCGCGAAUGGAGCUGUUCCAGGGGAACCCGUGAAGACGGAUAAGAACUCCAGGAGAGGGAACUGGGGGAACCAGAUAGAGUUUAUCCUCACCAGCGUGGGCUAUGCUGUGGGCCUGGGAAACGUAUGGAGGUUCCCCUACCUCUGCUACAGAAAUGGAGGAGGAGCCUUCAUGUUCCCCUACUUCAUCAUGCUUGUGUUCUGUGGGAUCCCCCUGUUCUUCCUGGAGCUCUCCUUCGGACAGUUCGCCAGCCAGGGAUGCCUGGGGGUCUGGAGGAUCAGCCCCAUGUUCAAAGGUGUGGGCUACGGGAUGAUGGUGGUGUCCACCUACAUCGGUAUCUACUACAACGUGGUGAUCUGCAUCGCCUUCUACUAUUUCUUCUCCUCCAUGACCAACCUGCUGCCGUGGACCUACUGCAACAACCCCUGGAACACGCCCACCUGCAACGGCGUGGUGACGCCCACGGGCAUCAACAACACCCUGGCCAACGUCACACGCAGCCUGGUCACCGGGGCCGCCGAGGUCGCCGUGGAGGUGGUCAAUAAGACCAAGAGGACCAGCCCCAGCGAAGAGUACUGGAAACACUACGUGCUGAAGAUCUCAGACGACAUCGGGAAUUUCGGGGAAGUCCGUCUCCCUAUUCUGGGAUGUCUGGCCGUGUCCUGGGUGGUGGUCUUCCUAUGUCUCAUCAGAGGAGUCAAGUCUUCAGGAAAGGUGGUGUAUUUCACAGCGACGUUCCCCUAUGUGGUGCUGACCAUCCUAUUCAUCAGAGGCAUCACCCUGGAGGGAGCUGUCACCGGCAUCAAGUACUACCUGACCCCACAGUGGCAUAAGAUCCUUGACGCUAAGGUGUGGGGAGACGCUGCCUCUCAGAUCUUCUACUCUCUGGGAUGUGCAUGGGGAGGGCUCAUCACUAUGGCCUCCUACAACAAGUUCCACAACAACUGCUACAGAGACAGCAUCAUCAUCAGCAUCACCAACUGUGCGACCAGCGUGUAUGCAGGCUUUGUCAUCUUCUCCAUUCUGGGCUUCAUGGCCCACCACCUGAACGUGGAUGUAUCUGAGGUGGCCGACCACGGCCCCGGCCUGGCCUUCGUGGCCUACCCAGAGGCCCUCACUCUGCUGCCCAUCUCCCCCCUCUGGUCCCUGCUCUUCUUCUUCAUGCUCAUCCUGCUGGGCCUGGGGACACAGUUCUGCCUGCUGGAGACCCUGGUGACGGCCAUCGUGGAUGAGAUCGGUACUGACUGGAUCAUUAGGAACAAGACGGUGGUCACAGGAGGAGUGGCUAUAGUGGGCUUCCUGCUGGGGGUGCCGCUCACCACACAGGCUGGGAUCUACUGGCUACUGCUCAUGGAUAACUACGCUGCUAGUUUCUCUCUGGUUAUCAUCUCCUGCAUCAUGUGCAUCUGCAUCAUGUACGUCUAUGGACACAAGAAAUACUUCAAGGAUGUUGAGAUGAUGCUGGGUUUCCCCCCUCCCAUCUUCUUCCGGGUCUGCUGGAGAUUCGUGUCGCCCAUCAUCAUAUCUUUCAUCCUGAUCUUCACAGUGAUCCAGUACAAGCCCAUCACCUACAACGACUACGUGUACCCUGGCUGGUCCUUAGCCAUUGGCUUCCUUAUGGCCAUGUCCUCAGUCACAUGUAUACCCAUCUACGCUCUCUACAAGAUCUCCAAGUCUGAGGGAACCACAUUUUUAGAGCGGUUGAAGAAUUCGUGCAAGGCGGACAUCAAGUGGGGCCCGGCCCUGAGUGAGCACCGGAUAGGCCACUACGCCGCCCCAGUCUCAGAGGGAGAGGUGGAGGUGCGUCCCCUGAAAGAGGAGCUGAAGGAGAAGGAGGAUGAGAAGAGGGAUGAGAUCAGCCUCACCAUCCAGGGCAGCAACGGCUCCACAGCACACAACACUACCCCCAGCGCAUAGAGGCCCCCCCCUGGGCCAGCGCCAGCCCCCACCCAACCACCCCUCACCCUUUCUCACCGCACCGUGGGGGAGAACCCGCUCGCUGGAGACCUUUACAUAUUGUAAGGGCUUAUUAUUUCUAACCUCUAGAGAAAUUGGUCGUCAUCCAAAAGAAUUGUACUUCUUGUUUCAACAUCAUUUCAUAAUGCAGUUUCUUAUAAACAUUUGAUUUGUUCUCUUCUUCAUAUUAUGCAGGAGUUGAAGUAGAAAUACACACUGUGUAGCACAAUAGGGGAGGGACAACAUUUUUCUCCUUCAUCUGUAAAGAAAUCCACUCGGAAUUGGCAACUUUUCUAGCGACAGUGCUGGCGGUUUUAAAGCUGGAGACCAAAUGUUCUUUGGAUCAGUGUAGACACAUGGCACCACUCUAGGGAUUGAUCAUUCCCUUCUGUUGUUGUAUCUACCGUAUAGCUUUUGGCUCUCAGUACCCUCUAAUACACUAUAGUCUCCACUACUCAGACUGUUACGUAUGCUGCUUUAGGGUUACCCAGAACAACUCAUACUGGAGUAAGCCAAUGGCUAUUUAGCUACUCCUAAAUAUUUCAUUUUAACUACACAGUAAAGCCAUUGUACUUACAAUGUUGGCAAACAAUUAACAUACAUUACAGCACCAACUCCCCACACACACAGAGAAUGUUGGUCUCCAGCUUUCUGAACAGCCACCCUGACUGAAGCCCAUGAUUUCCUGAUGCCCAUUCUCAGGGUCCCAAAACGAUUUACUACUUACUGAACACGUUCAAUACCUGAGUACAUUUUCUUUGAUUAUGGUAGGCUUUACAUAAGAGAGGGAGCUAAGAAAAAGACAACCAUAACAUGUUCAUACACAAAAACAAAUGGGUGGAUGGAUGCAACUAAGUACAAUAAAGUGCCAUCUCUCUUUUAGUCUUCCAGGUAUUUCCGUGGGAAAUGCAUCUCACGAUGUGGCAUCUCACUUGUGAAGGGAACGUUUAAUUGACGACAGAAGCAGCUACAGAUGUAGGAUCUUAAUUUGACCAGUUUCUAACAGCAGGAAAAUAAUCAUGCAGCAACAGGGUGAUCAAAUUAAGAUCCUACAUAUGUAGCAUAACGAGGAGGGAGGACACGUGGUGUUGCGUCAUAGCCUCUGUUACUCACAAGUAGGAUUUGCUCCAACAAGGCAUGUUACCAAAAACAUGUUAAACAUGCAUGAACUUUAAUAUCUCAGUGGCAUAGCUGGAGUAUGUGUCUUUGUUAACUUUUUCAAAACUGAGAGACUUGCAUCAGCAGGUGUCUUUGCAGAGGAAAAUAAGUGUAUUUACAGGCGUUUUAAAGCUCUGAGCCAAGUAGUGGUGUGAUUGGAUGUGGAAACAGGAAGGAGAGAGGCCAUUGGUUGGCCUGGAGAUGGAGCUUGUCUCCACAAGAAUUAAAAAAAAAAAACAGUUACUGAAUUAUGUAGUUUAUAUGUAGUUGUAUAGUAUCAUUCUGUCAAUAGAAUUAUCUUAUUUUAUCUUUCAUUAUUGUAAAGUAACAUAGUAAAUAAUUAUAAGGAAAACAUGUUUAUUUUGUAAAGAAGCUACAGUAUCUUAAGAAAUAACAGUAAUGUUUACCAUUCCUUAUCCAUUACUUGAUUUUUAUUGGUAAUUGAUUUAUUUUAGUGGGUUGGAGUGGGAGAGAGAUGUAUUUGUCACUUUGUGACAGGAUGCUGUGGGGUUGGGUUUAGGGUGGGAGUAGUGCUCGCACAGAUUGCUGGAAUUGGCAAUUGUCAAGAAGUCCCAUCUCUCCAACCAAUUCAAUGCAUUCGUCUCCACUCUGUUACAUUGCAUCUGUGUUGCAGUGAGGCAAAGACCUGUCUGUGGUAACAUUGUGAAUCCACUGGGUCCUUGCCUGGCCUGCACUGAUGGAGAGAGGUAGUCUGGCAAUGCAACUGCUAAAGUGCUAGCGCAUCGCAUCUUGGUGAAACUUCAGAUUUGUUAUUUCUUCUUUAACCAGUACGUCACUGUAUAUAAUAUUCAACAUCUUUGUCUGACUGCAUAAAUCCAGUUUCUGCUGUCGUAUAUAUGA